GUGAAUCACCGCAGAUAUCGUUGGUUCAAACUUCGCUUCGAGUCAGCGCAGGGAUGAAGCUCCUCGCUGUCUUGGCUGUCAUCGGCUUGGCGUCCGCCCUGUCGCCGAAUCCGAAUUUGAACCAGCACUGGGAAAACUUCAAGGCUGAACACAAUAAGAAAUAUGAAAGUUUCCCAGAGGAACUCAUGCGCCGACUCAUCUUUGAGGAAAAUCACCAAUUCAUCGAAGACCACAACUCCAAGAAGGAAUUUGAUUUCUAUCUGGGGAUGAAUCAUUUCGGCGACCUGACCAACAAGGAAUAUCGGGAACGCUACCUGGGCUACCGGAGACCGGAGAACACUCCUUCGAAGGCGAGCUACAUCUUCAGCAGGGCGGAGAAGAUUGAAGAUGUUCCAGACCAAAUCGACUGGAGGGAUCAAGGCUUCGUCACUCCGGUCAAGAAUCAAGGACAGUGCGGAUCCUGCUGGGCCUUCUCCGCGGUCGGCUCCCUGGAGGGUCAGCACUUCAAGUCUACCGGGAAACUUGUGUCGCUCUCGGAGCAGAAUCUCGUAGACUGCUCAACACCUGAAGGGAACAGCGGUUGUAAUGGAGGUUGGAUGGACCAGGCAUUCGAAUACGUCAAGGACAAUCACGGAAUAGAUACUGAGGACUCGUAUCCUUACGUGGGAACCGACGGCUCAUGCCACUUCAAGAAUAAAUCGAUUGGCGCAACCUUGAAGGGUUUCAUGGAUGUGAAAGAAGGUGAUGAAGAAGCUCUGCGUCAAGCCGUCGGCGUCGCCGGACCCGUUUCCGUGGCAAUCGACGCGUCGUCGAUGCUCUUCCAAUUCUAUCGCGGAGGCGUGUACAACGUGCCGUGGUGCAGCACUUCCGAGCUCGACCACGGAGUGCUUGUCGUCGGUUAUGGAAAACAGUUCCAAGGAAAAGACUUCUGGAUGGUGAAGAACUCUUGGGGCGUCGGUUGGGGAAUUUACGGCUACAUCGAAAUGUCCCGCAACAAAGGUAAUCAAUGCGGAAUCGCAUCCAAAGCAUCCAUUCCAACUGUUUGAUUGGAGCCAAGUUCUUCUCGUAAUGGCCAUUGUAUGAAACUAAAUAAAUGAUUCCGUGUGGUUUGCUCGACGAUCCGAUUCGGAAUUAA